CCUCUGACUAUGGGAAGGAUCCAUCCCUCACCUCUCUGCUGAACAAAAUGGACCUUUUCCUGCUGGCAGUCGCAAACCCUGAUGGAUACGUGUUCACUCACACCAAAAAUCGCAUGUGGCGGAAAACCCGCUCCAAGAAUCAAGGCAGUUUGUGUGUUGGAGUUGAUCCAAAUCGAAACUGGGAUGCAGGUUUUGGAGGUCCUGGAGCCAGUAAUAAUCCCUGUUCUGAAUCUUAUCAUGGGCCCAGUGCCAAUUCAGAGGUGGAAGUUAAAUCUAUUGUCAACUUUAUUAAGAAUCAUGGAAACAUCCAGGCCUUCCUCACCCUCCACAGUUACUCUCAGCUCCUGAUGUAUCCUUAUGGCUAUAAAUGCACUGAACCAGCAGACUAUGCUGAGCUGGAUGCUGUGGGAAAAGCUGCUGCCAGUGCCAUCCGCUCCCUGUACGGCACCACCUUUAGAGUGGGGAGCAUCUGCACUACUAUCUACCAAGCCAGUGGAGGCAGCAUCGACUGGAGCUACGAUUACGGCAUCAAAUACUCUUUUGCCUUUGAGCUGCGAGACACGGGUCGCUACGGUUUCCUCCUACCAGCCAACCAAAUUAUCCCAACUGCAGAGGAAACCUGGCUGGGUCUGAAAAAAAUCAUGGAGCACGUACGAGACAAUCCCUACUAACAGCUGAGGUGGGAAUCAGCUCUGUAGCAGCAAACUCGGAAGUCCUCUUCUCUUGGUGUGCUUGAGAGAGAUGUAACGAUACGGAACCUGGCUGAAUAAAAACCCUGUGAGUGUUCC